AUGAGCAUCAGUUUAGAGAUGGCCGCGCUUGGAAACCCUAGUUCCAGCUUGACCAGAGGCGCUCCUGCUUCUAUGGCGCUGUGUCGCGCGUCGCCGGCCCAGCUAGGGUUUGGAGCUCGGUGCAGAGGUAAAAUCCGCUGCAGCUUGUCGGUGUCGGCGCUUCCGGCGGUCUUCGGCGUUGACCUGCGGCGAAGAAGUUUGCGAAAACGAUCUGUUCCCUCGUUUGCAGCCUCUCACGAGGAAUCGGCACCAAAUAUUGAUAUAGAGAAGGAAAAAGCGGAUCAGAAAGUGGGAGAUCAAGAAUCACAAGAAGCGUGGAAGGACGCGCUUGCAUCCUUUAAACAAGAAGCCUUGAAAAUGCUGAGCAUAUCGAAGGACGCAUAUGAGUUGUAUUCUGAAAAGGCUUUGAUCAUUUUGAAAGAAACAUCUGAAAGUUUGAAAAUUCAAGCAGAAAAGGCCGGGCAGGAAUUGGCUGCGGAGGCAAAAGUAAAAGCUGAAGAGAGUAAAGAAUACUUGGCCACAGCUCCUGAACCAGUCAAGGAUGUUGUUGAUACCCUUGCUUCCUUACCAGAUGAGUCCAAGAAUGUGGGUAAUAUGCGGGAGUUUUAUGUUGGGAUACCUUAUGGUAUUCUUCUUUCUGUUGGGGGCUUUAUUUGGUUUAUGAUUACGGGAAGCAUUCCUGCAAUCAGAUUUGGUGUCAUACUUGGUGGUACUCUCUUGGCCUUGAGUUUAUCAAGUUUGAGAUUGUGGAAAAAGGGUGAAAUUUCGCCCAUAAUGCUGGCAGGACAGACAGCUAUUGUGACCAUCUUGCUUCUUAGAGAACUGCGCUUGUUUUGCUCAAGGCCAUCGUGCAUUGGCAACAUUGUUUCAGUUUUUGUCAGUCUCGGAGUGUUUCUAUUCUACAGCUACAAGUUGUAUAAAGAUGGAGGAUGGAGGGCAUCGUUUCCAAAUAUCUUCCCGGAAGAUUAA